AUGGACACACUCCCCUCAUCCUACCGGCUCCUAGCCAACCUCCCCUCACGCAUCUGCUCCCGACGCGCCCUCGCACCCCCCCUCAGAUCCCCCCGCACAUCCCCCCCAAAAUGGCACUUCACGCACCAACGGCGACUUAUAAGCACCGUCUCCGCGCGCGCACCGGAAAUCGACCGCGCAAAGUCAAAACUCUACAAAGACGCUGAUGCCGCAGUCGCAGACAUACAAUCCGGGUCCGUCGUGCUAAGCGCAGGCUUCGGGCUCUGCGGCGUAGCCGAAACGCUGAUCCAAGCGCUGCAGCGCCGCGGGCCCAAGUCCCUACACUCGCUCACCGCAGUGAGCAAUAACGCGGGUAUAGAGGAUGUAGGCGGUCUUGCGCUGCUCACGAAGAGCGGACAGGUGCGCAAGCUGCUGAUUAGCUUCCUGGGCAAUAAUAAGGCGCUCGAGAAACAGUAUCUCAGUGGCGGGAUUGAGAUUGAACUCUGUCCGCAGGGGACGCUGGCGGAGAGGAUUCGGGCGGGGGGCGCGGGGAUCCCGGCGUUUUAUACGCCGACGGGGGUGGGUACGCUGGUGCAGGAGGGGCGGAUUCCGGCACGGUUCGAUGGCGAGGGGAAUGUGGUGGGGUAUGGGCGGGAGAGGGAGGUGAGGGAGUUUGGCGGGAAGAAGUUUCUUAUGGAGAGGGCUGUGACGGGGGAUGUGGCGAUUAUUCGCGCGCAUAAGGUUGAUGGGGUGGGGAAUUGCGUGUUUAGAUACACGACUAAAGCAUUCGGACCCAUCAUGGCAAAAGCAGCCCGUCUAACCAUCGUCGAGGCAGAAGAAAUCGUCCCAACAGGCUCCCUGGAUCCAAACUCCAUCGACCUCCCCGGCAUCUUCGUAAACCGCAUCGUCCCCGCCACAGCGCAGAAAAACAUCGAGACGCGCAAACUAGCCCCCUCUUCCUCCACCCCCUCCACCCCAUCCACAAAACCCACCCCCCGCGAGCGCAUCGCCCGCCGCGCCGCAAAAGAGCUAAAACCCGGCUACUACGUCAACCUCGGCGUCGGCAUCCCCACGCUAGCCGCCUCCUUCGUCCCGCCCAGCGUACAAGUCUGGCUACAAAGCGAAAACGGCAUCCUAGGCAUGGGCCCGCACCCCACGGAAUCCCAACUCGACCCCGAUAUCAUCAACGCGGGGAAAGAAACCGUUACCCUCCUCCCGGGCGCAUCUACCUUCCCCAGCGACGAGUCCUUCGGCAUGAUCCGCGGCGGGCACGUCGAUGUGUCGAUUCUCGGCGCGCUGCAGGUUAGUGCUGCUGGUGAUUUGGCGAAUUAUAUGGUGCCUGGGAAGGUGUUUAAGGGUAUGGGCGGCGCGAUGGAUUUAGUGGGUAAUCCGGAGAAGACGAAGGUUGUUGUUGCUACGGAACAUGUGGCGAAGGAUGGGGGGAGUAAGGUUGUGCAGGUUUGUGGACUGCCGUUGACGGGGGCGAGGUGCGUGAGUACGAUUAUUACCGAUCUUUGUGUUUUUGAGGUGGAUCGGGAGAGGGGGGGACUGACGCUUACGGAGGUUGCGGAGGGAGUGACGGUAGAGGAGGUUAGGGCGAAGACGGAUGCGGAGUUUGAGGUUGCGAGGGAGUUGAAGAGUAUGGAGUGA